CCCACCGGUACCGGCAGCAGCAGCACGAGCUAUGGCGGCGGCAGCACCAGCUACAGCGGCAGCAGCACCAGCACCAGCUACGGCAGCAACACGAAUCGGUCGAACUAUUCCUCGUCGUCGUCGUCGUCCUCCUCCUCCCAGCGACGGGCAGGGAGCGGCGGCGGCGGAUCCGGCGGCCGAACUGCCGCCUCUUCGGGCGGUAGCAGUGAUGGUUCGAGGAGGACAAGCGCCUCGUCGUCGCCGCCUCCGCCUAAGGCGGCGGCCCCUCGACGACGACCGCCAGGCGGCAGGAGGCGUACCGAUGACCCGGACGUCGAGGCCGAGCUCGCCAGGAUGAAGCGCGACAUGGGGCUGACAUGAUGGAGCACGUUAUGAGAAGCCGAUGGCCCCUGGGCUAACUUCCGCUGGCCCGUGGUUAUCGUGCUUCUCAACAGCAAGUGUGCGAGGCAGGGGUGAUCCCCCAUCUGUUCUGUUCAUAACAUGUCACAAGUAAUGUGGAUUUGAAUUUUCCCGCAUGUAUGGUGAUUAGUUCAUACGGAGAGAGGAGAGAGAUCGAGAGAGAGAAGUGGUUGACUGGACAAUGGUCACAAGUGCAGCAAGGCGGUGGUAAUAGUUGGCAGUGGGCACGCCGCGUCCGUACGCUCCAUUGACUUUCGUGUGGCUACUGAUUGAGGGUUCGUGCCGCUGGUACCAUGGAUGGAAACCGACCACUCGUGAACGAAUGUUCGGUAAUGAUGACACCAGCAGUCAUGGCGUUCGAAGGGCUUGGGGCGGAGGGGCGGGGUGCGAAACUUGUGCUGGUGAAAUAGAAUAUCGAAACAUCCAGUCAGUGUAGUGAGGCCGAUUCCUCU